AUGGCUUGCGCUUUUGAGCGUGUCACUCCAAUGCAGUACCGGGAUGCUGAAUCUCCUUUGCUUCAAAAAUCCUCAUCACCUUCUCCUAGGAAUGGAAAUGCCAGCUCUAAGAAUUGCAGACAUGGAGAGCGAGGAAGGAAAUCAGAUGGCGCUGAGGAUUUCAAGUGGAAAGCUCUGUACUCAGGUGGGGAUAGAUGGUGCAGGACUAGUAGUGAAUCGCGAAGUGACAAAUCAAAAUCAGCAAUUUCAAAGUGGGCACGAAUAGGUAGAUUGGCUGCGAAGGUGGGAAAAGGUUUGUCCAAAGAUGAUAAAGGCCAGAAGUUAGCUCUCAGACACUGGCUUGAAGUUAUAGAUACCCAACAUCGUUAUGGACACAACUUGCACUUCUACUAUAACGUUUGGGUUCGUAGCCAGAGUUCUCAACCUUUUUUUCACUGGUUGGAUGAUGGAGAUGGCAAAGAUUUAGAUCUGGAAAAGUGCCCAAGAAGUGAAUUACAGAAACAGUGCAUUCACUACUGUAAACCUCAAGAGAGGAAAGCAUAUGAAGUGACAAUAAAAGAAGGGAAGCUUGUGUACAGGAAAAGCAAAGUUCCUGUACAUACACCUGAGGGAUCAAAGUGGAUAUUCGUACUCAGCACAUCAAGAACUUUGUACAUUGCAGAGAAGAAGAAAGGCUUCUUUCAUCACUCGAGUUUUCUUGCUGGUGGUGCCUCCAUUGCUUCCGGAAGAUUGGUUGCUUCCCAUGGAGUUCUUGAUGCUAUCUGGCCCUAUAGUGGUCAUUAUUGUCCAACUGAGAAGCAUUUCCAGGAAUUCAUUACCUUCCUGGAAAAGCAUAAGGUGGACUUGAGAAGUGUCAAGAAAUAUGCAGUGGAUGAUGAUGUACCUCCAUCAAAACCAGUUGAGGAGGAAGAACUAUGGCUUGAUUGCAAAGUGGUGGACAUGAAUGCGUAUCAAAGAGAAGAAGAAGGCAUUAUUGUGGAAUCUUUACAGGUGAUGAAGGAGAAGAAGCCAUUGGUAGUUUCAAGCGAAAGAAUGACUUGUAGGAUUAAUGGUUAUGGAAGAGAUCAUCAUCAUCAUCAUCAUCAGUACCCUAUAAAAGCGCCGAUUCAAGAAUUUGAAAGGCUGCAUAUAUCAGCUAGCAGCGUUAACAUUGUGCGUAUGGAGAAUCCCACUCCAAGGUUACGUGUCACUCCUGCAAAUUAG